AUGGCCACCGCCAACGGCACCCUAGCUGCCCCCUCGCCACCGCCCGCGCCCACGUCGCCGUCGCUCGCAAAGCGAAAACUCACGGGCAGUCAUGCCAUUGUCGCCAACGGCGCAUCCGUCCCCGCGCAAGCACAGGCUGCGAAUGCGAACACGCAAUCCCUGCAGGCGGUUUUGCAGGAUAUCACCACAGUCGUGAAGAGCUACGACACCCAACCCCCGAUCUUGUCUCAUCCCCUAUCCUCUUCGAUAACGCGAACCUCGUCUGGAGAGGCAGACUCCAAACGCACCAAACUGACGCCCCCGACCGGCUCCACGACCAUCGCCAGCUUGGUCCAGGAGGGAAGCUACGACUCGCUCCAGUCAUUCGAAAAGGACGUAGAAACUGCCAGCUCGGAAAUACUUGCUUCGAGCGGUGGAAGCGAUGCGACAACAACACAGGGCGGUUCUACCGAGGCAGCGCUACAAGCCAAGGUGCUUGCCUUCCGAGCCGUCGUCAGGAAUCUAGUCGAUAGAGAAGAGGCGCGCAGAGCCCAUCUGCUACAAGCCGGGACAGAUGUCAAGGAUCAUGUUCAACAAGUCACAAAGGAGAGCAGCCCUGUGCCAAUCAAAGAGGAAGAGCCACAAGCGCUUCCGAGUCGAACAGUGCUCACGCUUUAUGGAAGUGCACCACCGAAGCAGCUGUUCUCGAGCCUACAACAGCCACAAAAAGUAGGGCCCUCUGAGCCCAUUGCCACGCUAGAUACCGCUGUUCGAGUGACAUUGCCUCUGCGCGAGAACAACUUACCCAACAUCCUCUCCACGACCGAGGUCUUCCCACUCCCCGAUCCAGCAGACCAGAAGGCAAAGAAAACGACGAUCGGUGAAGUGUUUCGUGCACCUGCCCACUUGGCACAAAUCAGCCCGCCGAAGUCUGCGCGCCCCUCCACAGCCAAGGGCAACAGCACUAUCACUUUUGCGCAUCAAGAAACGCCCAAGCCUCGCCGCAAGGGAUCGCAGUCCUACUCGCACCAGGCACUGUCCGCAGGGUCCUGGCUUGGUUAUGGAGGUGUCGACAUGCCAAAAGAUCAGACAUCCCCCACAGCGAAGCAAAAGAAUAGGCAAAGAGCAUUGAGCAUGGGCGAAGCGCAGCAGCCUCCAUCAGAGGCAAUUCUAGUAGCUGUUCAGCAAGCAAAGGAAGAGGCACUUUUCCGGAGUGUUUACUCUAGCUUUGCGCCCACCCGUGAUGAUGCGUCUGCGAUCAUUCCUGAACAGACGAAGAACAUGAUUUGGUGGCAAAAAGUGGGCGAAAAACGUUUCAACGAGACGUUUCCCAUCGACCCAGCGCUGUUAGAUGCAGACGCAAUAUCUGACAUUGAAGCCAACGGCACGGUAGAUGAGGAGGAGAGUUUCAAAGAAGCCGUGGAGAAGUUUGUUCCCAUGAAUAGCGAUAUAUUCCCAGACAAGGAAAAGAGCGAGGAAGAGAAAGACACGGAUGAGGUGCUGAAGGAAAUUUCCGAGCUUCUUGAGACGCUGGCCUCGUACCAAAGGAUACGAAAUCUUUCACUCACUACCAAUCCCCGCACACCUAUGGUACAGAAUGCUUCGCUCGCCACUCUAGCCGGAAGCCCGUUGACGCCAUCUUCUGAGGAAAUCGACGUCUACCAGAUCUUGAAGUCACAGCUGACGCUCCUAAUCUCUCAGCUUCCGCCUUAUGCUGUCGCCAAGUUGAAUGGAGAUCAGAUGGAUGAGCUAAACAUCAGUCGCACAAUCUUAUUCGAUACAAAGGAAUACAAGGGAGUAAUGGAGGAGGACCAGCUCUCAAGAUUGGCCAAAGCGCCCCCCGCCGUUGCUCCUACGCCUGCUACACUCACUCGGGCGUCUUCAGGGGCACACACGCACGUCCAAUACACACAAACUCCGCAGUACAGUCGGCCUGCGGCUUCAACACAUCAGUCGAGCUCCCGCCCUGCAUACUCGCAACAGCAAUCGCUCCAUCGUUCGUCUUCGAUGCAUCUCCAACGUUCCCCCUCUGGGCCAUCGCAGGCCUUUCAAGCCAACUACGGAUCUACGCCACGGCCAGGCUAUGCAGCGACUCCAUCGUACAACCAGCAAUCAAGACCAAGCUAUGGUACUCUCGCAUCUGGCAAAUACUAUUCUCAACGGUCUGCCCAACCUAGCAGCUAUACAGGCGCCACCGGCUCGCAAUUCUACAGCUCUACGCCGCAGACGCAGCCACAGAAUCGGUACACAGGCCAGCAGGGUCAGAACGGCUUCUACCCGCCGAGGUCACAAAACGUUGCCCCCAUGUACAACGGCGCUCAAGUAUCACAGCCACGCACUGCAUCACCGUUGAAGGCUGCCCCUGCGCCCUCGCAAUCGGCCUUUGGCGCGCGCACCGCAUAUGGCACGCCGGUAUCAGGUGGCCAGAUGCGUAGUACGUAUUACGGCCCAUCACAAUACGGCACCCCGCAAGCCCCAGCCCCUUCCACACCAUUUGCUAGCGGGGCUGCUAAUCCCCAGCAGGUGAUGAUGGAGAGGCAGCAAGCACAGGCGGUAGCUCAAUCGCAAGCCCGUCUAGCGGCUCAAAGCAGCUUCAGUAGUAGACAAGGAUCGGGGACACCUCAGCCUCCGAAUGGCGUUUAUGGAAGUCAAAAUGGGACGUGA